AGAAGGUUGUUAGCAGUCAGCGAGGCUGGAAAAACGCAUUUAACUCAUAAUUCAAGGAUGAUGGCGAAGCCAACAAUCGGAAUCGACUUCGGCACGGCAAAAUGCUGCGUGGCGACCGUCAGGAACAACAAAGCCGAAGUUUUGCCGAACGCAAGAGGGGACAGGACGACCCCCAGCUGGGUGGCCUUCAACGACGUGCAAUACCUGGUGGGGGGCGAGGCUAAAGACCAGGCGCUGCACAACCCUAGAAACUCGAUUUACGGAGUCAAGAAUAUUUUGGGAAGAGCUUGUGAGGACGAACGUGCUGUCAGCUAUAGAAAAAUGUAUGCGCCGAUCAUGACUAAAGACGGAAACCGACCGAUGAUAACAAUUCACCGUAAAGGAGAUGUUCUGAAGCUGAGACCAGAACUUGUGGCCGCCAUGCUGCUGCUGAGGAUGAAGCAGGAAGCUGAAGCAGCGCUGGGGGAGAUUGGGGGCGCCGUGGUCUCGGUGCCCGUUUACGCCACCAACGCCCAACGCGAGGCCAUUGUGACCGCGUGUAAAAUAGCCGACCUGGAGUUGCUGGACCUCAUCAGCGAACCGACGGCGACGGCUUUGGUGUACAGGGAGAACCUGAAGGGUUCAAUCGACGAAACAACGGCAACAUCCUUGGCCAGCAAGGACAACCUUAAAGGUCCCAUCAACGAACCAAAUGCUUCCACUUUGCCUAACACUAAGAACAAGAAUCGUUUAGAGCCUCACAAUGUCCUAGUUUUCGACAUGGGAGCGGGAAAGCUUGACGCGUCGUUAAUAAGUGUCAGCGAAGAAGAGGUGCGAGUGCUGGCAGCGAGUGGGGAUGAGGCCUUAGGUGGGGAUCAUUUGGAUUGGAAGUUGUUGGACAAGAUUGAAAAGAUUGCCAACCUAAAAUUCAAAGACAACGAACCCAACGCACCACGGGAUUUAUUGCGAAGAAAAUUUUCUUGCGAGAAAAUAAAAUUAAAUUUGACUCUCUUGAAAGACACGCAAGUAACAAGUGACGACCUGGGCAUCGAUCAUAUGGAGUUUAAACACAAGCUUACACGGAAUCAAUUUGAAGAAACUUUCUCUGGAUUUUUGGACGAAAAAUUGAAGGCGAUUUUAAGUCAUCUUAUAAAAAAGGCAAAUAUUUUUAAAGCUGAAGUGAAAAACGUCAUCGUAGUCGGAGGCAGCAGUCGGAUUCCCAGAGUUCAGCAGAUCAUUAUGGAUUUCUUCGGCACAGCCAAUCUCAACAUGACCGUCAACGCCGAUGAAGCUAUUGCUGAAGGCGCUGCACUCUGGGCCCAUGAACUGGCAAGCCAAUCUGUCCAUCCUCAGGAUAUAAGCGAAUCCUCAGGCCAUCCAACUUGUUUCAAUUUAAGAGACUUAGUGCCUGACCCAUCAAAGAUUCCGGGAGAGAAUAAUUUGAAGCAUUUUAUUGAACGUAAGGCUGAUACCUCGAUCAGUAUCAGAGCCCCCAAAAAAGGCAAGAAGGGUUCUGAUGGACAUAGACAGUACAAGCAAGGAAAGUACGGUAUAUUUCUAGUUCAAUCUCAGGAACUUCCUCUCAAACUUGCCGUAUCACUCGGCAUGAUGCCUCCGUUGUUCAAAAAUCAGGUCUCCGAAGCAGUGGCAUGGCUAGGUCAACUUGAGACAGAACGAGGAAACUAUAUGAAGCAGUUGGAAGUUGCAGACGAGCUUGAACAUUUCUGUUAUGAUUUUAGGAGCAAACUCAAUUCUUUGCUAGCAUCCACAGAAGAGGUCAUCGAAUUUCUAAGCGCCAUUGAUGGUAUGGUCGAAAAAGAUGCCGAGAAAAUUAAGAAUGGGCUACUUGAGAAAUUGCGCAAGCUGUCGACACUUGAUGAAAAUCAUGUUGACAAUGAAUCAAGUUUGUCGAAGAACGAAGAGGAUAACGGCGACUGUCCCUUGGUGCCAAAAGAUGCUGACUCUAAAAUCCGUGGUACAGAUAGAGAAAAGGUGCACUUUAGCGCAGAUAUGUCAGAUGAUGAUUACGAAAAUUCGGAAGAUCAUCAUAGGGAAAAAAUCGAUGAACCCGUCUGUACAGUGGCAGAAAAUAGAAAUGAAACUAUAUCCCAUGAAGUCAGGAGGAAGAACAACAAAUCUGAACAUCCCAAAGUUGACGGCAAACAAGUGACGUGCGUGAACGCCAGUUCUGACCAAUUAGAAGCUAAUGGUAAAGACAAACCAAUGGCAGAAGUGAAUGCCUUCUCUGACCAUACCAACGUUGACAGUAGAGUCAGUCAAGUAGCAGGUAUCAACGCCAGUUCUGACCAAGCGGACGGUGAUGGCAGAGGCAGUCAACAAGCAUGUAUGAACUCCAGUUUUGACCAACCCAAAGUUCAUGUCAUAAGCGAUCAAGAUGCAGAUACGAACGCCAGUUCUGUCAAAGCCAAAGCUCAUGGCAGUGGCGCUACAUCCACAGAUGACAACGCAGUUGCCCACCAAACACACGCUGAUAUUGGAUGCAAACUAUUCACAGGUGACCGAGCACACCUUGGUCAGCACACCGGUGCUGACCAAGCUAAAGUUGACAGAAGAUGCAAAAUAUUUGCAGGUGGGAAUGCCAGUUCUGAUCAAUUCAAAUCUGACGGCAAAAGCGGUCAGAUUGAAUGUGAGAACGCUAGUUCUGCCCAAGCUGAAUGUGAUGGCAGAGAUGUAACAAUGACAGGCGCGAACGCUGGUGCGGACAAAAUGAACGAUGAAGGUAAAGGUGCACCAGUGGCAGGUCGGAAUGGCGAAGCGAUCCACACCAAUCAUGAUGAUAAAUUCGCACCAGAAAAAAUUGGGACCGCCUGGGCUGACCAAGCCAACGCUGAUGGUAGCUGUGCAUUAGGGACGAACUACGACCAGAGUUCGUCGCCACUCGUUUUGAUAAAAGCUGGUCAAAAGGUUCUGCCUUCUGUGGCUGAGUGUAUGGAGCACAGCCAUCGGAGCAAUGAAAAGAUUGGGGAGCAUUCAACAAUGGAUGCAAUAAGACAUUCUGUAUCAGAUCAAUGCCCAGAGAUACCUCAAUCAAAUGAAAUAAAAACUGAACAAGAUCCUGAAAUGAACAUGAACGACUGUGGAUCAAGAACCAGCGUGGCUCGACCCAAAGCUGAUAAUUCCCAGAAGGAUGAGUUGAUGGAAGCAACUGAAAAUUGUGAAUUUAAUCGGGCAGAAACCCCAUCUCAUGGUUUUCAAAUUAACCGUAACACCGAUCCAAGGUUUUACAACGAAGUGUAUGGAAGCAUCAACUUCUUGAAAAAUCUUCUAAGAGAGGAAAAUAUUUUCUUAUAUACGUACAUUUUUCCGAUGCACACAAGGGCUCUGGAAUGUUUGCAGUGGUUGCUGCAUCGAGCGAAUCAGCUCGACACUAAACUCCAGCGAGAAAUUUUAUACAUUUGCCGCAUUAUUAUCAAUCAAUUAUUUUUCCGAAUGGCUCAUAAUCCGAAUUUGAUUCCUUGUCCUGACUUUAAUGCACAUUAUAAUAUUCACAGAUGGCUUUAUUGAACAUUGCUGUUAGCUCGAAACACCUUUUGAAAAAUUAUAUAUUCCCAGAAUAAAGCAGCUAUUGUUCAAAUACCGAUAAUGCCCUCCACGAAUAAGACACAUUCAUUUGUCAGUUGUAACUUUUAACUGCCGUGUAGCACCGCUUCACGUAAUGCUUUUAAAAUUCAUUUGUGAAUAAAUACACAACUGAAUCGGAAUCAUUUCUCGAUUAUAAAUCAAGGCUGCAGAUUGUCUUUAGAGGUCUAAAUCGAACCUGAUAUCAAUAGUGCACUAUAUGAAAGAGAUCUAUUAUCAUGCAUAAAUUAUUUACCUCUAAUAAGUAUAGUCUAUAUUGUGAAAUUUUGGGUAUUACUUACACAACGAUGUCAAUGAUUAAGCAACACUACCGUAUAUGAAGACGUUACUGCUUAACUAAGUCCAAUUCCUGAAGAUAAUUACAGUUGCGGUAAAGUGGUAACAAUUAUUUAAUAAACAUGGGGCAUUGAGGCAGAUUCGCAAAAGUAAUUACCAUCUAUGCAUGUUAGUGAAUAAUUAUUCAGACAUUUUAAGAAAGCCUCCUAUCGUUGACAUGAAGCUGGGAGUUACAAGUGUCCUAAAACUACGAAUGCCGUUAUCAGUUCUGAGAACCUGGCCCGUGUUUUCGACAUUACCCGAAUGACUUGUACUCAGAUAAAUGCAUGCGUUAUUUGUCUUAAUAGCGACGCACAUAUUGCCCGUGACAAUAAUACGUUGAUUUUCGGGGCCGAACUGGGUCAGCGCCAAUGAUCAACACAAUCGAACAGAGGCAUUAUAAUUUGGACAAUAUCUCUGAUUUUUCUGUGCGUGAAUUAAACUUGUAUCAAUGUUUAGGUGUCCAAUGUACGGAUUUAUGUUAUGGUUUGUAAUGUUAAGUAAGUAGGCGGUAUAAUUUACGACAGGUAUCCAGCGAUUAUGAAGCUAAUUUAAAGAUAUAAAUUAUCAGGAUUAUAAGACACAUUGGAUACAAUAAAUUUAGUAAGAUCACUUAAAUAUAUUAGGAAUACCAAGAAAAAUAGAAGUUUUUUAGUUAUGCCAAUACACUGAUUUUUUAUUGUACUGAUGCGAAAUUCUUGCGAUGUUCGUAUUUUGAAGCAGCGAAGGCUGGACAAUGGGACUAUUGUGAUCAUUUAUCUUGAUCAUUCAUGUAUGCAGAAGUGCAGCGAUAUUGCAAUUCAGUUAGCAUUUAUUUUUUUAUGAAAAUGACUGUAAAUUCAUUCACUGUUGAUCAAUAAGGAAUUUAAAAGCAAAGAAAACGCCAAGCGAAUUCACCAUAUCGAU